AUGCCUCCGAAGAAAGCUGUCAAAGAAGAGAAGAUCUUGCUGGGCCGACCAGGAAACAACCUGAAGAGUGGUAUCGUUGGUCUGGCUAACGUGGGCAAAUCGACGCUGUUCCAAUCCAUCACAAAAUGCCAUCUGGGCAACCCCGCCAACUUUCCAUUCGCAACCAUCGAUCCAGAAGAAGCAAAGGUCAUAGUGCCAGACCCAAGAUUUGACUGGCUAUGCGACUACUACAAACCAAAGUCCCAAGUGCCUGCAAACUUGACAGUCUACGAUAUCGCUGGUUUGACAAGAGGUGCAUCCACUGGUGCUGGUCUUGGAAAUGCUUUCUUGUCACAUAUCAGAGCUGUCGAUGCCAUAUUCCAGGUGGUGCGUUGUUUCGACGAUGCUGAAAUCACCCACGUUGAAGGCGACGUGAACCCUACUCGAGAUCUAGACAUUAUUGCCGACGAGUUGAGAAUCAAGGACAUUGAGUUCGUAGAGAAGGCAAAGGAUGCUCUAUCGAAAUUGACCCGACGAGGUGGCCAAUCAUUGGAGAUGAAGAAGAUGAAAGAGGAAGAAGCAACGGUUGACAAGAUCCUAGAAUGGCUGAAGGACGGCAAAGAUGUUCGACAGGGUAAUUGGGCUCCGAAAGAGGUCGAAGUCAUCAACCCCCUGUUCUUGCUCAGCGCAAAGCCGGUCGUCUACAUGAUCAACCUAAGCGAGAAAGAUUACCUGCGACAGAAAAACAAAUACCUUCCCAAAGUCAUGGAGUGGUUGAAAGAGCACGCAGCUGGUGAUCCAGUCCUGCCAAUCUCUGUGUGCUUUGAAGAACGACUGUCACAAUUCGAGACUCAAGCCGAGGUCGACGAAGAAUGCAAGAAGCUGAACACCAAAUCUGCUCUGCCAAAGGCCAUAACCACAAUGAGACAAGCCCUGAACCUGGGUAGUUUCUUCACUACCGGUGAGGAUGAAGUACGACAAUGGACAAUCCGAAAGGGUACCAAAGCUCCCUCCGCUGCAGGUGUCAUUCACACCGACUUUGAGAAGACCUUCAUUCAGGUCAUUGUCUACAAUUUCGACACUCUGAAAGAAUUAGGUGACGAGGCCAAGGUCAAGGCUGCCGGCAAGGUAAUGACAAAAGGCAAGGAGUAUGUUGUGGAGGACGGCGAUAUAUUGCUAAUCAAGGCUGGUGCUGCUAAAGCAUAG